UCCAGUUCCUAAUAUUUGUUCUUAAUCAAUAGUAUAUGUGAUUGCAUAAAAUAAAACACAGGAGUCACAAUUCGUGUGACAAUUACUAGAACCUCACUGGUAGCUCCGAACUCUUCAGAUCUAAAUAAUAAUCUGGUUUUUAAGAUAUGUUUGGGGAUUGUUUCCUGAGUGCCACGUAGACAUACACAAGCUGUGUCCUGUUCCCAUCGAUUUGUUUUUCACACUAGUCUUUCAUUCUACCGACGGGGCAUGGCGUAACAAAAUUAGGUGUCUUUAAAGCUAGCUAACUGUAUUAGAAAACCACAGAGUUGGAUUACAAGACGGUAUCAGUUCCGUAAGGCGUCUGGUGACGUUUCGGUGAGACGAAGCAGGACCGGCGGAGAAGUCAACAUUGAGAAACACACUCAACGACAUGGGGAGGAAGAAAGUGCUUCUUGUUUUCACGCUGCUGUGGACUCCGCUAUUCUCCCAACAACUUCCACAAUGCCCGGCCCCGUGUGACUGUGUCGACUCCCACGGUGAGAUGACGGUAACCUGUGGCGGCCAAGGCCUCGACCAAGUCCCAGCCGGCAUCCCAGAUUCUACAAUUUGGCUUGUUCUGAAGUACAACAACCUGGAAAAGAUCGGCAGCCACGAUUUCAAGGGUCUGAAGCAACUGAAAGGUAUCGACCUAAGCAACAAUAACAUCCGCAAAAUCUCUCGUGGGGCUCUCCGCCAUCUUAUUCACCUAGACAACAUCGACCUCUCGGGUAAUGCCUUACAAGCUCUCUCUGAGGAAACCUUUGCAGCCCCUCUUGCCGCGGCAAACCAAGACGGAAGAAGGUUCUUCGUCUUCCUCGCCAACAACCCCUGGCGCUGUGACUGCCACCUGAAAUGGCUGGCGGAAAAGUACGCAAACGACACAACCGUCUACAGCGAGCGACUCGUGUACUGUAACAGUCCCGAUAACCUUAAUGGGUCUUUCGUGUCAGACGUGCCCCUGUCUGACUUCAAAUGUGAUACAGAAGUCACAUUUGUGGACACGGAACAAGGAGACGAUACCACCACUCCCGAAAACGACCCACGUGUUGAAAGGGGAAGCCAGAAACCCCUGUCUAGGGGAGCCACAAUCGUGACCAUCCUUGUAUUGGCAGUCGCAGUCUUGGUUGUUUUGCUGAUAGUGUUUAAAAUCGGUAAAGAGUACCACAGGGGUAAACAGGACACAGGCACAGAGGUUGAGACAAGGCCGAUGAUUCCCACACGUUCUGAUAGCAGAGAAGUUUACAUGUAAAGUUGCUCUGCAUGAUGGUACCAACUAGACUCCCCUAUGGAGUAAAUGAAUACUGUACUAAGAUUGGCCAAGAAUUUGCAAAUGCCAUCAUAAGAGAGUCAGUAGGGGCUGGCAGGUAGGACCUUUUCAAUAGAGUCUUGUGUGCUUGUGUUUAUCAAAAUACUGUAACGUUACCUUAAAGCUGUCAUAAGAGAGAUACUGCCACUAGUUGACUUUGAAGUUAAUAACUGCCACAGUGAUUAAUAUCACAAAGCUACCUUAGCUAUAAGAGAAACAAGGGACCAGGAAUAGCGUUGUUCAACCAUUGUAUAUGGACAUUAGGUUAACAUUAACAAGAUAGUAUGGUCUACAUUGUACGAUUGACGUAUAUUCCAUUUUUGUACAGUACGUAUAAGGACUGACUUCGCAAGGUGUGUGUUCAUGUACUACAUAGAUGCCACUGUCUUUCUCUUAAAAUGGUUCAGAAUCUAUUUGUAAGGUAAAGAUUGUAAUAGGUUAUCUGUAAUGUACAACUUUUUCAGAAAUGAGGUAAUGCAUAUUGCAUACUUUAUGUACACAACUGUGUUAAGGGUGUACAGGAAGGAAAUGGUUUUCAGUUCAGCUACGCGUCUAAUAACACUGAAAUGAUGUGGGCUUUAACUU